GUUACUAAAUUCGGAGAGCUCGUGCGGUCGACCUCUGACAACUCUGACCUCUGAAUACUAAGAAAGCAGUGUUUUAGGUCUCGGACCCAACCAGGAAUCAGCAGUCACGUGACGAGCCGUAAUGUUUUUUCACCGUCCACGUGAUAUUACAAACUUUGAGAGGCUUCAUGUGUCACGGAACAGGUCCUAAACUUUUUAAGCGUAGGUCUGUGCGCGCGCCAAGGCGAACGCGUUGAGUUGUGGAUGCCCUCGAGAUGAAUAAACGAAACGAUCUCACUGCGCGGCCGGCCUGAGUGAGAGCUUCUGGACAUUAUGCCGUCUGAAGAAGUCUGUGACGGUGCUUCAGCAGAGGAUGAAGCUAAGAAGGGACCUGAUGUUCCUUUCCUUUUAGAAGAACGCGUAAAAGAGAAAGUGUCCUGGAAGGACGUGUUGAGAAAGAAGGUGGGGAAAAAGUGUUCCUGCAGUUCGGCUCGAGUCAAAGCCCUUCUCGUAGACUCCAUCCCAAUCGUGAAAUGGCUGCCGAGGUAUCAGUUCAAAGACUGGAUCAUCGGGGAUGCCAUGUCCGGCCUUAUCGUGGGCAUCCUGCUGGUUCCCCAGUCCAUCGCCUAUUCUUUACUGGCAGAACAAGACCCUAUUUAUGGGCUCUAUACGUCUUUCUUUGCCAGUAUUAUCUAUGCCCUGCUGGGCACCUCCAGGCACAUCUCUGUGGGCAUGUUUGGGGUUUUGUGUCUUCUGGUGGGACAGGUUGUGGACAGGGAACUUACUCUGGCGGGAUAUCCUUCAGGCACCAAUCAGACCACCUUGGGAAACGUCGUCAACGGCACUGGUCCAAUCUGUGACCGAAGCUGCUACGCAGUCACGGUGGCAGCUACGCUAACAUUCACAGCAGGGGUCUACCAGGUGCUGAUGGGUCUCCUACAGGUUGGCUUUGUCUCUGUCUACCUCUCGGACUCUCUGUUGAGCGGUUUCGCAACUGGCGCCUCUCUCACCAUCCUCACAUCCCAGAUAAAGUACUUUCUGGGCCUUCACCUUCCUCGUGUCCAGGGCUGGGGUUCGCUGCUAAAAACCUGGAUCAGUCUCUUCAGGAAUCUGGGUCAUACCAACCUCUGUGACCUCGUAACCAGCGUGAUCUGCUUGCUUGUGCUUGUACCGACCAAAGAGCUCAACGACCGCUUCAAGGCCAAGCUCAAGGCCCCUAUUCCCUUUGAACUCUUUGUGGUCAUUGCUGCUACUCUAGCUUCCCACUUUGGACGGUUCGAGGAAACGUACGGCUCGGAUGUAGCCGGAAACAUUCCCACGGGUUUCAUGCCUCCACAGCUUCCCAACUGGUCUCUCAUACCCAACAUCGCCGUUGAUGCGUUCUCAAUCGCCAUUGUUGGUUUCGCCAUUACUGUGUCUCUUUCUGAGAUGUUUGCCAAGAAGCACGGUUAUAUAGUUGACCCUAACCAGGAGAUGUAUGCUAUCGGGUUCUGCAAUAUCAUUCCUUCCUUCUUCCGCUGUUUCACGACCAGCGCCGCUUUGACCAAGACUCUUGUGAAGGAGUCUACAGGUUGCCAGACUCAGCUCUCGGGGUUGGUGACCGCUCUUGUGUUGCUGCUCGUCCUGCUUGUUGUAGCACCUGCUUUCUACUCAUUGCAGAAAUGUGUUCUGGCCGUCAUAAUAGUGGUAAACCUCCGCGGGGCACUGCGAAAGUUUGGGGACAUUCCCCACAUGUGGCGGGUCAACCGUGUGGACGCUAUCAUCUGGCUGAUUACUAUGGCCACAUCGGCGCUAGUGAACACUGAGCUAGGCCUUCUAGUCGGAGUCCUGGUCUCUGCGUUCUGUGUGUUAGGCCGAACCCAGUCCGCCCAGGUCCGUCAGCUGGGCCAAGCAGGAGACCGAGAGCUCUUCGAGGACCUCGCGUCCUACAAGGGUCUCCAGAGCCAGCCCGGAGUGGCUGUUUUCAGAUACGAGGCUCCCAUCUACUAUGCCAAUCAAGCUCUUUUUAAGAAGUCGCUGUCCCGCAGCGUGGGUCUGGAUCCGCUUAAAGAGAAGGCCAGGCGCAGGAAACUAGACAAGCAGAGGAACCAGAAACAAGAUGGAGAAGACCAAAAGCGAGAGAUGGACGCGUCCACCGAUGUACAUCUGCUGCAGCACAACAGCUUGCACACGUUGGUCAUAGACUGCGGCCCGGUGCUGUUUCUGGACACUGCUGGGGUCAAUGCUUUGAAAGAGGUAUGCAAGGAAUACAAGGGGCUGGGAGUCGAUGUGCUUUUGGCGCGAUGCAACCCCUCCGUCAUUGAUUCUUUGCGGAGGGGUGGCUAUUAUGACCCAAAGAAAGGAAGCAAAGAAAUACAGUUUCACACUCUUAGUGAUGCCGUAUCUCAUGCCCAAAGCUUAAAGUCACAAAAUGGCGAUUGUGACACUGUUGUGUAACACUGAAGUUGUCUUUUUGUUGGCUAUUCAGAAUUCUAUGGUAAUUUCUAUGACCUCAUGUCAUUUAAAAUCUGUAUUGCUUUUUUAUAUACAGAAGAUAUAUAGAACGUUCGUCUAUGCACAAAGUCAUUUGCAAUUAACUUAAUGCAAUUAAGUUGAAUGGGGUCCAAAACAUUGAAUUGCAUUGCAUAAAAAACACUAAAUCAUUGCUAAUAAAUAUAAAGUCAUACAGGUUUGGAACUGCUAGAGGGUGAGUAAAUGAUGACCGUUUUAAUUUUUGAGGACUACCCUCAUAGCUCUGUUUAAAAUGAUUAAGAAAUCAUCUGUUUAUAUCUGUUAAAACUUAAAUGCUGUUGAAAAAACUAUGCGCUGUGUUCCGCAGGACCUUUUGAAUAGAAGUCCUUGUGUAUCUAAUAACCUUUGUCUAGUCAGAAUAAUCAUAUUUUUCCUGUUCCUAUUUAAUUUAAUUUAUACAUCUAAUAACAUAUUUAGCUUUUUUAAAUAGCUAAAAUUCAGUAUUCAAGGUCUCGGUCUUUCUACGUGAAGAGGCUCUUUAUCUCGUUCCACUCUAGUUUGUUGCUCAUUCAGUCAGAAUUAUAUCUUAUGUAAUCUCAUUUGUGACAUUUACCCAACUUUAUGGGUACUUGUGCAUGUUUAAAUGACCAUAAAGCUUGGAUAAACCGAGCGCUCGUUGUCUGGGUGAACGCGAGUCGAACUCUUUCACCCAGUCAUCAGAUGUUUACCUCGAUCGAUGCGCCUCGUCGCUGUGACCGCAGCCACAGGGCAGCUUCUGAAAAUGUGCAUCCUCUUUCUCGAAAGGCUUCGCUGGAGGAGCCGAAUAAAAAAUAUUUGUUCAGGACUUUCUUUGACUCCGCUUUCUUUUCAUGUUGAGAGCAAAGUGGGCUCAGGUGGAGCACCGUGUCUGACCUGUUGAACGGGUCUGAAGGAGCCGGGUGAUCCGACUGCAUGCCUAGGCUCAGGGAAAUGUCCUGGAUACAGGCGAUAUUUCUAAAAUGCUGGAGCUUGAUAGAGUGCUAGCACACAUGGAAAUAGAAUUUUAAAUGUAUGCCUUUUUAAGGGCAAACUAGGAACUAUUUAUCUUGUGUAGUGGUUACACUCUUAAAAAUAUAUCUUCCCAAAGGGGUGCCAUAAAAGAAACAAUUUUUUACUUAGUGUGAAGAACAUUUUGUGCUCAGUGGGAAGGUUCUAAGAAUGUAGAACCUUUUUUUUUUAAGAAUAUAUUGUGAUACUCUAUUUACUGAAACAUUUCUAAUAGCUUUUUCUCAUGCGCUUGGAUUAUUUCUGUGUGUAUUUCUUUGCAUUACUGCAAUUACCUUGGAGGCAUUAUUCCUAAAAUAUCUCUAUAUAUACAAAUUCAGGUACUCCCAUUUCUACGCAUAUAGAUAUGACUAGUGUAUAUAUUGAUUAUUUAACUGUAUCUUUCAUGUAACGUUACAUUUUUGUCUUCUGUAGGUGUAAUUUGCAUUGUAAUUAUUACAAAAUAAACUAAACGUUUACAGAAAGCGAAGUUGUCCUUGAUUAGAAAUCAACUAAAUUGGAUUUUCCUUUGCAUCCGGUGUUUCCUUUGUUUGUUGGUUUGUUUUAAUAACGUACAUUUUUUUAAAUCUAAAACUGAAAUGAGUAAGAGGCCGACCAAGCUUAUUCCGUUUAGUGCACGCUUUGAGAAAAUGUGCUUUAGCUCAAAGCUACCAGCAGUGUGCAGCAUUGUUCUGCAGCGGAUUAUGUGUGCGGCCUUUAAAGGGAUAGUUCACCUGAAAAUGAAACUUCUGUCAUCAUUUACUCACAAUUGUUAUGUCAGCAUUUUCAAGUUUAUGGCGUUUUUGCAGAUGAAAACGUACUAAAAGUGUUUUAUGCAGCUGCUGACGGGUAAUUUUUUCUAGGAAACCCGUGUGCUUUUAAAGUUUGGCGCGUGAACUGUGCGUGCCGGCACAUCUGCGCUUUAUGCCUUCAGAUUCUACGGCCAGUUUGUCUCCUGUCAAAAGUGUUUUAUUUUUGUCACAUCUACGAGGCAGCCAGAGAGAAAGGAUGUCUGAAAGACGUGGGGCAUCUCAAUGACUUUAGCAGGUGUUGGGAUGACAGAGGAGACGGCAGAUGUCUGUUGUUUCAUCGGGAUUCUGACAAGGACGAGACCUCUGAAUACACACAAAAAAGGGGAAAAAAAAGCUUUGCAGUGCAAAUAGGCACAUUUUCAAUGUCAAUUUAGCAGUUACAUAGAUGUAUGUCUAUAAAGCAUUCAUAAACAGAAUAAGGGUCAAACCAUACCUUGAUAUUAUACUGUUAUAAUACUGUUAUAAUACUGUUACAAAGUGGUUGUUCAAAAUCUGGUCGAAUUGCAUAUAUUAUUAAAAUAAAUAAUAGUUCAACCAAAAAGUAAAAAUACAUACAUUCAGACUGUUAAAGAUUUAGAUACAUUAGUGGGAGCAUCAUGGGAGCAUGUUUGGAGAAAUGUAUCGUUAUAUGUGAAUGGGUGCCGUCAGAACGAGAGUCUUAAUAGCUAAUAAAAACAUCACAAUAAUUUAAAAGCAAUCCACACCACUCCUGUCCAUCGUUUAACACAUUGUUAAGUGAAAAGCUUAAGUGAAUCCACCAUUAAGACAUUUUUGCUUUAGUGUUUUCGGGGAUGCCAGAGUUCAUAAACCCGCAGAGAGAAAACAAACCUCAGCCAGAUCUUCUGGAAUUUGCCGCUGGCUCUGAUGUCCCUGUAGUGGUUAUACAUGAGAUAUAAUUAAUUUUGGUCUCAUUAGUCCGUUA